AUGAUCAGGCAGACAGUGUUGUCGGAUUAUUUUUUUAAAAAUAUAUAUAUUUGUCAAAAUAAAGGGGUGGGGGGGGGGGGUGGGGGGGGGGUUGAGGAAGAAGAUAAGACUUCUGCCAGACAGCCCAGCCUUCUGCCGGUUUAUUCAGAAAUUCCCUUUGAAUACUUUCCGUACGCAAAGAAUUUAUGCGAUAGUGGUAAAAGUACCAGACUCUCUAGAGGACACUGUAUGUACAAUGUCUGUCU